AUGGAAAGGGAUCUGAAUUCAACAGAUGCAGGGUACGUUUCUUCUAAUGUGAAAUAAAAUAAAAUUCCCACUCAUGCAUUUUAGCACGGAUAUAAAUAGCAAUAUCGUGAGAGCAUCUUCAAAUGACUGCCAAAACUACAUAUGCAUGCACGAUUGCUAGAGGGGAUCUUAACAAGCCAGUCAAUUAUGUUCAGUUUGGAAUAACAAUAAAAACUGCACAAACAAGUUGUAAUGAAGUUAUAUACGAACCAAUUUAAUUUUGCAAGUUUCUUUGUGAUAUUUUCGAAAUUACAACGUAGAAAGGGAUCUGAAAUAAGCAAAGGCAGGGGCGCCCCAGCUCAUGUUUCUCCUAGUUUAGAAUGGAAAUAAAACAGGAAUCGCACUCAUGCUUUUAGUACGGGUAUAUCUAGUACUAUUGUGUGAGUCUCCUUAUAUAUAUGACUUCCGAAAUUUCACAUGCAUGCGGAUUACUAAAGGAUCUUGACAAGCCAAAGAGGUAGAAGUCGGGCUUGGUUCAAUUUCACAAUUUGGAAUAACAAUUUAAAUUGUUCAAACAAUAUUAAUAUUUAAUUAGGUUUAAGGCCAAGGGCAUAUACUAACCAAGUUAACUGUCGGAGUCUCUUUGUUAGACAUACAGUACUAUACAAUGAUUAAUGACGUUAUUAGGCUAUAUUUAACAGCUGUUGUAGUUUUAUGUAUUUUAAUUUGACCCCUUUCCGAUAAAAUAACACUGUCAAAUUGGAAAACAGUCCGAUUUAAAGCUUGCAACGUCUGAUCCAGUAUAUGUGUUUAAAGUUACAAUACUCAAGUCUCAAGGCUUGCAAUAGAUUUAGCGAAGUGGGAACACAGCAUUUUUGGUUUACAAGAACUAUUAAUUUGACUUACUAAAUCUGACUCGUCAGUCGUCAAUACAUAUCGGUACAUAUAUAGAUCUGUGGACGGAAGUGUGCGAUGCAUUCCCAUCAUGCGCCAUUAUUUUUUUUCUAUCCUCAUUUGACAGACUGGGCACGAGUCAGUUACUAAAUCACUUGUUCGUUUCUUGUAGUCAUGAAAUUAAAUACUUUAAUAUUAGAUUUUAUAUGUGAGACGGUUUCAAAUUCAUCAUUCAUCAACAAUCCGUACAUAUUAGGCAUUUCUGGUAGAGCAUAAUUAACUAGAAUAUUACCAUAAUUAGAUAAAUCAUUUUUAUAAAUAGUGACGAAGAAAGUUACCCAUAUUAUAACUAGAACCUGAAAUUAGAACAUUUGUAUAAUCAAAUCUUCCGAAUCCUAAAUAUUUUUACUUAUAGAAUUUUGACAACCAUGAUUGCUGAAAUUUUUCUUACCUUGGUUCUUGUCUAUUUCGUUCAUUAUUUCAUCGCUACCUAUAUGAUGAGAAGAAACAUGCCACCUGGUCCAUUUCCCUAUCCUUUCCUUUCCUUGGCAACUUACCUCACCUAUUCUGUGAUCCGUUUGAUCCAUUUUACAAACUAGCUGAUAUAUACGGAGAUAUAUUCUCACUAACCUUUCCAAGUGGGGACAAAACUGUUGUUUUAAAUUGUGCUUCGCUUGUAAGAGAAGCUAGGCUUGGGAAGCUAGAAAAUGUUUCAGGAAAAGCACCUGGCUGCAUAUAUCUUUGGCAUGAAAUAUUUGGAAAAGAUUUAAUAACAACAGAUUAUUCACCUGAAUUGCGAUUUCGUAGACGAGUAUUUAAAUCAGCAAUCCAUGUUUUUGGUGCUGGUAUUGAGCAAGUAUCAGAACGUGCUGGACAUUCAGUUAAUAUUGCGAUUAAAGAAAUUGAUAGUCAUGAAGGGAAGCCAUUCUCGCCAAGGGGAAUUUUAGAGUCCUCGAUACUUGUGCAACUAUGGGAAUGGCUGACGUCAAAGAAACUUCAAUUGAAUGAUUCAGUUAUCAAAAGUCCGUCGGUAUUUGACGAAAUUGUUGGUAAACAAGCCUUGCUUUGUACUGUGUCCCAAAGUGUUUCCAUUUUUGAAGUAUUUACCAACUCAAACCAACCGUGAUAUAAAGCGGGCGAAACACAUUAGAAACACGGUAUUUCCAAAAGAAUACCAUGCCCAGAAAGAGGCGUAUAGCCCAGGUGUUAUCCGCAACCUAACCGAUAGCUUCAUCAGUUGCUACGAAAAAGAAAUUACUAAAGAAGCUAAUCAAGACAUUGGAUCGAUGGAUGAUACCGCUGGUUUAAUGUGUGACGUAACCUUUGCAGGGUCCGACACAACUUCCUCGUCCCUUGCUUGGUUAUUUCUUUACAUGGUAUCAUAUCCUGAUAUACAAGAAAAAGUUCACAAGGAACUAGAUGUAGUAGUGGGAAGCGAUCGCUUACCCAGUUGGAAAGACGUCCGGAACAUGCCUUAUCUUCAAGCUACUCUGUGGGAAGUCCAAAGGGUAUCUGGUAUGAUGGUAGUCAUCGGAACAUCCGCGAUCCGAGACAUGACAAUUGGAGGAUACGACGUUCCAAAAGGAACCUUUGUUGCUGUCAAUCUUGCCAAACUGCAUCACGACGAACGAGAGUGGCCAGAGCCAGAAAAAUUUAAACCUGAAAGGUUUCUUGAUUCUGACGGACAGUUUGUUGGAUGGAAUAAACUUAAUGGUUUUCUUCUGUUUUCUAUUAGGCGAAGACAAUGCGCCGGUCAGCCAUUGGCGAAGAUCAUGCUGUUCACCUUUGCCUCAAUAUUAUUGCAUUAUUACAAGAUUGAGUUACCAGAAGGUGAGAAAAUCCCAUCUACAGAAGUAUCCGAGGCUGCAUUAAUUAGGCGUCCAAAAGAUUUUAAAAUUGUCGCAAAGAAACGAAAAGAUUAG